AUGGUCGCAAUUACCUCCAAGGCGCCAGCCGUUAGCGAUAGCGAUCAAUCGACUUCUCCUAUCGACAACUUGUCAUCGAUCCUUGAGACCCUAACAGAAUGCCUGAACAGCGCUUCCACUUCGUUACCUUCAUCGACCGAAUCGGAAGACAAAACGACGAGUCCUACAAUCCUACCUCCUUCAGAUGGCAUUUCGCUACUAGACACAAAAGCCGAGUUACUCCUCUCGUAUCUGCAAAAUCUCGUUUUCCUGGUCCUAUUCCAGCUCCGGGGACGCGGAAAGAGUGAAGGUCAAGGUGAUGUUUCGCUGGAGGAUGUUGUCAGGAAAUUGACGGAAUUGAGGGUGUAUCUCGAGAGAGGUGUCAAGCCUCUUGAGGGCAGAUUGAAAUAUCAGAUUGACAAGGUUGUCAAAGCAGCCGAGGAUGCAGAGCGGGCGAGCAAGAGCGCACCCAAAGCAGGAAAGAAAAUCAAAAACAAGGGUGGAGAUGACAGCGACAAUUCGGAAGAUGUGUCCGAUGACGACGAGGACGAAGAAGAGGAUAGCGAUAAUGAGGAAAUUGACGAAAUGGCUUACCGACCCAACGUAACUGCAUUCUCGAAGGAUGUACCGAAAGCCGACAGAGACGCUAGGACAACAACGUCGAGAGAUACAAAAGCUCAACCAUCAGAUGGAAUCUACCGACCACCUAGGAUCAAACCUACUGCUUUACCCACAACUGAAAGCCGUGACCGUGAUCGUGACCGCCGACCCAAGAAGUCGAGUGUCAUUGACGAAUUCGUUUCUGCCGAGAUGUCAGCCGCACCAAUGGCAGAACCCAGUAUUGGUAGCACCAUCCAGCGUGGUGGAAGACAAGUCAUGUCGCAACAAGAUCGUGCACGUGAAGCUGAACGUCGUACAUACGAAGAAACCAACUUUGUGCGUUUGCCCAAAGAAAGUAAAAAGGAACGUGCAAAGAGAAAGGCUGCCGAGGGACCUCGUGCAGGCGGCUUUGGAGGCGAAGAUUUCCGCUCAUUGGGUGAAGGAGCGGAUAGAAUUGCUAGACUCACCAAGAGAUCAGCUGGUAGCUCAAGGGCUGGAGCAUUGGAGAAGAGUCGAAAGCGAGCGUUUACAGAGGAUGGGCCGAGAGGCGAUGGGGUGGCAGCCGUUGGUCAAAACUUUGAGAAGAGAAGGAAGAAAGUCGAGGGCUGGAAAAAGUGA